CUGGCGGGGAAGGGUGAAAGUCAGCCACUGCGGGAUCCUAACCCGAGGAGGCGUAAAGGCUUGCGGCGUCACCUCCAGCCGCGUCGUGCUCCGGGUCGGCCCUGCGCUCAGGGCCUGAGAGGGGCGGCGGCGCUGGGGUCAGGGGCCGCACAGAAUGAACCAGCAGUGGAAGAGAAAAUACUACAAACUGUUUGACUGCUGGUGAAGAUGGUCUUUUAUUUUUGUGACAGACAACUGUGGGAUCUGUAAUAGAAAUGAUGGCUGGCUGUGGUGAGAUUGAUCACUCAAUAAACAUGCUUCCUACGAACAGGAAAGCAAAUGAAUCCUGUUCUAAUACUGCACCUUCUCUAACUGUCCCUGAAUGUGCCAUUUGCCUGCAAACAUGUGUUCAUCCAGUCAGUCUGCCUUGUAAGCAUGUUUUCUGCUAUCUGUGCGUAAAGGGAGCUUCAUGGCUUGGAAAGCGAUGUGCCCUCUGUCGACAAGAAAUUCCCGAAGAUUUCCUUGACAAGCCAACCUUAUUGUCACCAGAAGAACUCAAGGCGGCAAGCAGAGGAAACGGUGAAUAUGCAUGGUAUUAUGAAGGAAGAAAUGGGUGGUGGCAAUAUGAUGAGCGCACUAGUAGAGAGUUGGAAGAUGCAUUUUCCAAAGGUAAAAAGAGCACUGAAAUGUUAAUUGCUGGGUUUCUGUAUGUUGCUGAUCUUGAAAAUAUGGUUCAAUACAGGAGAAAUGAACAUGGACGUCGCAGGAAGAUUAAGCGGGAUAUAAUAGAUAUACCAAAGAAGGGAGUAGCCGGACUUAGGCUGGACUGUGACACUAAUACUGUAAACCUAGCGAGAGAGAGCUCUGCAGAUGGAGCGGACAGUAUAUCAGCACAGAGUGGAGCUUCUGUUCAGCCUCUAGUGUCUUCUGUAAGGCCCCUAACAUCAGUAGAUGGUCAGUUAACAAGCCCUACAACUCCAUCCCCUGAUGCAAGCACUUCUCUGGAAGACUCUUUUGCUCAUUUACAACUCAGUGGAGACGGCAUAGCUGAAAGGAGUCAUAGGGGGGAAGGAGAAGAAGAUCAUGAAUCACCAUCUUCAGGCAGGGUACCAGCACCAGACACCUCCAUUGAAGAAACCGAAUCAGAUGCCAGUAGCGAUAGUGAGGAUGUAUCUGCGCUUGUUGCACAACACUCCUUGACCCAACAGAGACUUUUGGUUCCUAAUGCAAAUCAGACAGUAUCUGAUCGAUCAGGAACUGAUCUAUCAGUAGCAGGGGGUGGAACAGUGAGUGCUGGUGUCAGAUCUAGAAGGCCCGAUGGACAGUGCACAGUAACUGAAGUUUAAACAAAAACAUCUUCAGCUCCAUGCUCAAGGUUAAGAUGGUUAUUUGUAAAUUUCUGCCCACAUAACAUUAUACGCAUCCCUAGUAGUGUAUUUUGGGAGUUGGGGUGGGAAGGGGUAUGGGGAGGACAGACCUGUAAUAAAAAUGUCUAACAUGUCUCUGUUGAGGAAUUUAUUUAAUAUAAGGAACUCGGGCGUUAAUAGUUGAGAGUUGUUUAGUAAUAACCCAGUUUUCUUGAGGUCUGUUUAUUUUAUAGUUUUUUAAAAUUUCUUCAGUUCUUUGGCCAGUGUGUGUGUAUUAUCUGUGCAUUAACAGUCCUCAUCUUACUCUUGCACUGUGUCUUAUUUUCCUGCAUGGAUUGACGUAAAACCAUUACUAAAAUUUGGCACCUAUGAGAUGUCUGUUUAUCAGUAUGAACGGGAAGCGUAAUAAUGAGAAUAGAAGUGAAUUUGGGAUUUUAAAAUAGAUGAAUAACAACUAUGAAAUAGUAAAGUUACUGAAAUGGAAAUGUAAAGAAAACAGUUAAUAAUUUAUGUUUCAGAAUCUUGUCUGUAACAUACUUCAUGGUGUUUCCCAUAGGCUUUGCUGUCUAGUCCUUGUAGUUUGAGGUUUCUCUUGAUCUGCAUUUUUCUUUUUGAUUACAGAAUUUAUAAUUUAAUAAAUACUAGAGUUUAUCAAAAAUAA